AUGGUUAAGAAGUGUAAAGAAGCAAUAGCCAAAUGUUUAGGAGAGCGAGCAGGAAGACCGCUGCGGGACCAUUUUAAAAUAAUUCGGAGAUUAGCAUGGAAGAAAAAUCACGAAUCAGAAAAACCGGAAUAUGAAAUUGAAUACGAGUUAAAGAGAAAAAAGAAAAAGCGUGCCCAAAAAAGACUGAAAGCAAAGAAACAAGUUGUUAAAGAACCGGUGUUUCCGUUAAAACAGAAAAAGAGAAAAGUGGGAAAAAAGGAGAGCAUAUACGUCGAAGAAAUUAGAGACAGUUUGUAUACUCUAAAAACUGAAUCCGAUUUUGUACCACCUUUGCCCAAACGUUUUCCAUAUUCUCCACUACAACGCUACACAAGUAACAUUAAAAACCACAUGGCUGAGAGAUAUUUGGAUAAACUGUAUUUAGACAAAAUAUUUCUUGAUAAUUUUAAGCACAAUCCUGGUGCUACCUGUCCAAACAAAGCCGGUUCACAGAAGCUUUUACAUUUAACGAGAGAAGGGUUUAAAACUCUUCAUUUUAACCAGGAAGUUUUACGAGCACGUAGGCCAUUCUAUUACAUCAAAUAUCAAGAGGCGGUGUCAUCUAAGGCACUAAGGGCCAGACAAAUGAUUGAACUUAGGAAAGUUCAAUGUCUAGUAAAGACACAGGCUGACUACCUCCUGAACAAGAUUAAGAAAUAUCUAUUUGAGAGAGAAACGAAACUUGCACUUGACUUCAUUGAGAAAUUGAAACAGUUCUGCGAAGUGAAAGAAAAGAAGGUUCUUCCCCUUAGAGAGAAAUAUCUCUUAGAAAUGUAUGAGCUUGCCAGUCAAGUGUACCUAGAUAUGAAACGAAUAACGCCAGGACAAACUGAAGCUGAUAUUAACAGAAGAAUUCUGUUCACGUUUGGAUUGCCGCUAAGCAGAGUCCCUUCGACCGAUUCUGUUGUUGAACAGAUACAACAAUUCCAUGUAGAUUACAAGAAAGAAAUUGCUAAGACAGAAAUUCGGUUAAAGAAGGCCGUGAAAUCCGAAGAAAUUACAUGGCUGUAUCAUGAACUUGCCCGAUUCCAUUCGGAAGUGAAGCAACCAGAACUAAGUAAAGUGUAUGCAAGAAAGUGCGUUACUGAAAGUAAAAAGAUGGAACAUCUCAUCUGGCAAAUUAACGGCAUGUUUCUCAUUGUCAAAGUUAAUAUGCAGUGUCACAACAGAAAUGAUGCUAAGAACGUUCUUAAAGAAACGAUUGAAGUAUCCAGAGAAUUGGGUAAUGAAGGACUUACGACAUACCUUGAAAAGAGUUUUGAUGUCAUUGAAACGGCUGAUUUUGAAGAUGUCAUGGGUGCAAAGGUAAUUGAAAAACGUGAGAAACUGAUAUCCCAAUUGGUGGCACCAGCUGGUUUAAGAGACGAAGCUGCGUUCUUGUUCAGACAAAUGUCUGUUAUGCCGGCGUCUCGACGCCUUUCCGUCAUGCCCGGCGUCCGACCCGAAGAUACUAAACAACGCAAGAGCGCUUCUGCAAGAAAGCUCAGUAUUUUGCCAACUCCACGUGAUCCAGAUGAAGAGGAAAUUGCUCCAAAAUCACGUUCUCACAAACAGGCCGAUACUCAAGAAGAUGAGAAGAAAGGAUUCGCAUUUUUGGAAUUGGUUCAAUAUCAUAUUGACUAGAUUAUAAAAUGGCCAAUUUUUAUACGAAGAUAUAAAGAAAUUUGCAGUUGUUUGCAUUCAAAGUGUACAUUUAUCGACGAAUAUGUUCAAAAUGUUUCCAAGAAUGACUAGCAAUCACUACUUAUUACUUUGUCAAAGAA